ACUGGAUUUCCAUUCAGUACGAGCUUACAUCACGUAGUAGCUACACCGAUUAUAUCCAAAGCGCUUGAUAACAAAAUUGUAUCCACCGAAAUAAGUUUUGAAAUAGGCUCUUCUGCAUUUAUAAAUUUCUUUAUAUAAAUAUAUAUGUAUAUUUUUUACUGCACACGCACGCACUAAAAACGUUAAAUCGAAUCUCGUAUCGAAUCAACCGACAAAAACCAAUCUUGGCUGUUGAAUUGUUUUGCGUCAGUCUUCCGCAAUAUGAGCACAGCAGCAGCAGCAGCAGGACCAGACACCAAAGAAACAUCUCAACGCGAAUCCUUGUGUCCCCCAUCACCGGUCCACAUCGAAGUACCGACCCCACCGGCCGACUGCCUGUCCAUUGAUAAUUCGUGCCGGGAUAGCGAAAUAGGAGACGUGCCGGCCGAUAACAGCACAUACACAAAGUCCGAUCAGGUGAACGAGGCCUGUCAAACUCGCCGAGACUCGGGAAAUAAUCCCGAACUUCCCCACUCGCUGGACAAGAUGGCUGGCGUGGCCAAUGUAAAGGAGCCCCUCGGGCUCUGUCCAAACGAAGUUAAAGAAGACGCGCAGGCGUGCUCCAAACUCGAUUCUCGCAAUCCGAUCACGGGCCUUGGUCUCAACGGAGAUGGUGUUGGCGGUCUCAAGCCCAAGAAGCUCAAGAUUCGAGAGGGCAACCCCGUCACAGGCGAGGGCUACAAAGCCGGAGGCAACGACUUUCACCACCGCCAGGAGUCGUCCAAUGGCGGCACUCCGGUGAUCAACAAGAACCGCAUUCCCCCAGGCGGCUACUCGUCGGGACUCUGGUAAUGACAGCCGGAAUUGCUCAGAUCCCAGCACAAGCAAUGAGGGGCCGAUGGCGGGACGAGACACCAUAAGAAAAACCAACAAAAGCUAAAAAAAAAUCAUACUACCCAUAUAAUAUUACGCAUAACCCUACCCGCAUCCGUAUCCAAGAAAAACAGCUCAGCAAAUCGAAAGGCAGGCGGGAAAGGAUGGCCAACGAAUAAUUAAGCGAGAGAAUAACAAUUGCUCAACGAUCUGAAGAUGCAAUGAGCGUCCCAGCUGUAUACGCCGACGAGAAUUAAUCAACCACUUUUAGAGGGCGUCGUUGCACCCAAAACCUAUCACUACCAACCACCACACCACCACCACCCCAUUGCAAAUCUGUAAUUUAAAUUCCUUAGUUGGUGUAAUUCCAUGGAACGCGUGUAGUCCCCACAAAAAGAAGAACGCCCACGUUGGAGCAUCCGAUCCCCUGCCCGCUGCACUUGCAUAUUAUAUAUGAUAUUCCGGUUAGGUGGGACGCACACCUACAUUAUCACCGCGGCGGUGUGUGCGUGUGUGUGUGAGAGAGGGAGCGGGAAGCAAGGAUGCAAGCGGCGGCGGACGGAUGGGGUCCUUCAAUCACACCUGGAUUUUAUUUUAGUUGCUACUACACGCCACAUAUAUUUAUAUUUAUACCAACCGCAUUCACACGAACACUCACGAGAACACAUACAUUAUAAACAUUGUAUUACAUUACAUUAAAUAUGUAAUUUAAACGGUACGCCAGCACUUUCUAAUGUGCACGUACUAAUUAAGUGUAAAAAUACAAAAUUCAAGCGCGAAUAUUUGUUCAAUAAAAACCUUUCGUACAUAA